UUUGACAGAAAAGAUUGAUUCAGCGAAUGAAAAGAAAGAGAAUUAGAUGGUCAGAACGAGGUAAAUCCAUUCAAUCCAGCCUAACUGAUUGGGCGGUUUGCGAUGUCCGUACGGCUUGCUGGGCUGACGACAGUUGGGGUCGAGUAGUGGGAGACCUUGGGUUCCCGACGACGGCAAAACCAGAAAUUCACAUCGAGCAUUGGUAAAAUGGUACGAUUCAUUGCUGUCCAUCACUGAUGACAUUGAUCCGGCGAAUUCUGGAUUAUAAUCCUGUCUAGUGUAUCUCCAACCGCCCAAAUUGGAAUCGCAGAUGUAUUGCGGCUUAUUUUCGUCUUCUUUUACCCUAUUCCCCCAAAAUGUCUUUAUGAUGGUUUCAAAGAAAGUAAGCAUGAUUUGACUUUCUUCAAUUCUUUUCCAAUCAUCUCAUGUCUUAUUGACCUAUUUAUAAAUGAAGUAAACCAAUACCACAUUUGCGUUCCAUUUGGAGCACGGAUUCGUACAGUUUCUAUUUUAGAAUUGAGGAGAUUUCAAUUUAAAUUCUUUGAUUGUUGAAAUAAAUUAAAUAACGCACAUUUUUCAAUCCAGGCCAAUUCGAUCAAUUAAUUAAAUUUUCCUCGUUUUGCCGAUUUUGUUCUCCGUUUUUUCAAAAACACCAAAAAACUUGUACGGCCCAAAAUCUAGGUUUCGUAAACGAGGUUGUUAUUUUUACCGCUAGGUGGUGCUGGCGUUGCUGCCAUGCGCAGAUAUAUGCGUGAUGAUGUUUCUUUCCUCCUCCCCCAAGUUCCCGCUUUGCCACCCCACUGAGAAAACACUCUACGUUCAUACGUUGACGGCUUGACGGUUGCGUGUGUUUAGAUUCUCUCAACAAAGCACAAGUUUUUUUUAGUGAAUCGUCAAAUAGUGAUCCUGUGCCUAGUCAAGUGUUAUUUCAAUUCAGCAGCAGCAGCAGCUGGAAACUACAAGUAUCAACAAGGAAUUAAGAGAAGAUGGCUGAAACAGGAUUUCCUGGAACCUACUCGACGACGACCGUCACACAGACGGCUACCACAGUCACCACUAAUAUCCGCUUUGAUCCAUCCUACAUCCGUACUAUUCCGGGCAUGUUGAAAAUAGCCAUUAUGGUUUUAAAUAUUCUCGGUUUUAUCUGCGUGAUGGUUUCGGAAGUGAAUUGGCACUCGAGGGCCAACUGGUUCAACUUUUGUGCGAUGGGAGGCUUUUGGAUCACGGGCAUCUUAUUGGCCUUCUACCUCUUUCACGUCAUCGAGAAGCUUUAUUUCGUUCCCUGGAUUAUGGUGGAGAUGGGCUAUUGUGGCCUGUGGUGUUUCUUCAUGCUUACUGCUUCGGCUGCAUGCGCUGCUCAAGGCAGCCUCUUUGAAGCUUGGGCUGCCGCUUCGUUCUUUGGAUUCAUUUCCAUGAUUGUCUACGGAGUCGACGCUUUCUUCAAAUUCAAGGGCUGGCGCGCAGGAGAAAUUGCUCAGGGCGAACGAGUCCGAAGCGUCCAAAAGAGCGAAACCGUAGGCACUCCUGCCUAUUAACCUGCUAACAAUUCUUUACGACGAAAAAAAAGAAGAAAAAACAGCCCAUCACCUUCCAUACUUCCCUCCUUUCGGUCAUAUGCAAAUUCAAUUUACUACACAGCGUGAUCGAGAAACUAUUUCCGUUCACUUUUCCCAAUAGCCUCCACCGUUAAAAUUCAAUCCAAUGGAACUCGGCAGCUUUUUUUUUUACAUUCUAGAAAGGCAUUUCUGGACCCCCUCUUAUCGUUGUAGCAGCUUGUUGGCCACUCAACAUGUGUUCCAUUUAGCCACCAUUUUACACUGAGUAUUUGCUCGUUUUUUAACCAUGUGUGUUGCGUAUGCGUGGAAAGGCAGCUGUUUUUCUGUUAGUUUCCCCCACACUCGAUUUUUUUUUCCUCAUUACUAAUGUACCGCGCCUUCUGGCAGAGAAAAGCUAGUGAUCGGAAUUUUAGUCUAUCGUUUAGGUAUUUUUUCCCCUCUCAUCCUGUGAGGGGUGUAGGUCCAACGAAAACAUUUCUUUUUCUCUCAAAACUGCAGAGUCUUUUUUCCGUUGAUUUCUCGCAGUCAAAAAAUGGUUGAUUCAUUCUCUCUCCAGUCGGCUUGAUCUUUCCCUCGUCAUCACAGGGAAUAAACAUUUGAAUUUUUGUGGGGAAUUACAAAUAGCUUGAAGCUUCCACCGCCUAUCCGAAUCUAUUUUAUAUCAAUUGCUUCACAUGUAAUAAUAUUCGGAUGACAAUUCUAUGAAAUAGCUUUCAUCGUUUCGUGGUUAAUUCUUCGAGUAAAUUUCAUUCAAGCGAACAGUGCCCCGAUAGACCGACUCCCGAUGUUUCUCUUUUCCCAAUUUUAGUCGUCUUUAUGAUAUUCCCUAUUUUGGUUUGUCUCAGUCCCCUUCCCUGGCCUCCUACUCGCAUGAUCUCAUCUGUGUGUAAGUGUGUGUGUAUUUUUUAAGGCUGGGCAUUUAGAUGCCACCAUUCGCAGGACUGAGAAUUUAGUCUCUUCCCAUCAUCACCGGUACAUCGCAGCUUUAUAAUAGUUAAAAGAAAACAAACUGGGAAUUCAAAAAUUUCCGGUUCAAGUAUUACGUGAGAAAUCCAAAUGCCUGUUUCACAGCAGCGACAUUUCCUUUUUUCCCGACAUUUUGAGUUUUUUUUUUUUUUUUUUCGUUUUCUCUCCAUUCAAUAUUCCUAAAUUCAUAUCCUGUAUGUAUGUGUGUGUGUGCGUGUGUGUUGAUUAUAGAAAUUUGUUGGGGUGGCAGAGACCAAAAAAAAAAAAAAGAGACAAAGGUCACGGAAAAGUAAAACAAACGAGAUUGUACUAUUACAAUCAUCAAUAAGAGAAAUAAAUACACUCCCCACCUCCCGCGCGA